AGCGCCCCCCCUCCCCGCCCCGAAGGCGACCUCUCUUGCUCUGCUCCUCUGGGGUGGGGAAACCAACUCCACCACGCGGGCGCGCGGAGCAGCCCCGAGGCGGGGAAUUUCGCCCCUUCGUAAUGUAUGCAUGUAAAUGAGGCGGGCGCAACUAGGGGUGGGCGCGGAGAGGAACUCGCGCCUCUGAGGCCGCCGCCUCCUUCUCCUCCUCCUCCGCCCCCCCCUCAAACCCAGGCGGCGGCGGCAGGAGGCAGCAGCGGCAAUAACAGAAGCAGCUGCGCUGACAACAACACGUGUUCGCUCGGGCACCAUGGAAUUCGAGGAGCUGGGGAUUCGGGAGGAGUGCGGCGUGUUCGGGUGCAUCGCCUCCGGCCUGUGGCCCACGGAGCUGGACGUGCCCCAUGUGAUCACGCUGGGGCUAGUGGGGCUGCAGCACAGAGGCCAAGAGAGUGCUGGGAUUGUGACAAGUGAUGGCGAGUCAGCCCAUUCAUUCAAACUACACAAGGGGAUGGGUCUGGUUAAUCAUGUGUUCAGCGAAGACAGUCUGAAGAAGCUAUACAUUUCAAAUCUUGGAAUUGGCCACACAAGAUACUCUACCUCCGGAGUCUCUGUCUUGGAUAACUGUCAACCAUUUGUUGUGGAAACUCUGCAUGGGAAGAUUGCUGUAGCCCACAAUGGGGAGCUGACAAAUGCUGCACGACUGAGAAGAAAGCUAAUGCGCCAUGGAGUGGGACUGUCUACCAGUUCUGACAGUGAACUGAUCACUCAGCUGCUGGCAUUCACACCCCCUUUCGAGAAUGACGACACCCCAGAUUGGGUAGCAAGGAUAAAAAAUCUGAUGAAUGAAACACCCACUUCAUACUCGCUUCUGAUGAUGCAUAAAGAUAUUAUCUAUGCUGUUCGUGAUCCCUAUGGGAACCGUCCACUCUGUAUUGGCCGUCUUGUUCCAGUAGGUGAUAUUAGUGGAAAAGGGAAAACCAAUGCUGAAACUGAAGGAUGGGUAGUUUCUUCAGAAUCGUGUAGCUUUUUAUCUAUCGGAGCAGAAUAUUACCGUGAGGUCAUGCCUGGAGAGAUUGUGAAGAUAUCCAGAUAUGAUGUCCAGACAUUGGAUGUUGUGCCAAGACCUGCGGGAGAUCCAUCAGCAUUCUGCAUUUUUGAAUAUGUGUAUUUUGCAAGGCCUGACAGCAUCUUUGAAGGUCAAAUGGUCUAUUCUGUACGGAGGAGAUGCGGUCAACAGCUUGCAAUUGAAGCCCCAGUGGAAGCUGAUUUGGUUAGCACAGUCCCAGAAUCUGCAACACCAGCAGCCCUUGGCUAUGCUCAAAAGUGUGGACUACCAUACAUUGAAGUACUGUGCAAAAACAGAUAUGUAGGAAGAACUUUUAUUCAGCCAAACAUGAGGCUAAGGCAGCUCGGAGUGGCCAAAAAAUUUGGAGUCCUGUCAGACAACUUCAGAGGGAAGCGUGUUGUCCUUAUUGACGAUUCUAUUGUACGAGGCAACACCAUUUCACCCAUAAUUAAACUACUGAGGGAAUCUGGAGCUAAAGAGGUGCACGUUCGUGUAGCUUCACCUCCAAUAAGAUUUCCUUGUUACAUGGGAAUAAACAUUCCAACGAAAGAAGAACUCAUCGCCAAUAAGCCCGAAUUUCAUGACCUAGCCAACUACAUAGGAGCUGACAGUGUUGUUUAUCUUUCGGUAGAAGGAUUGGUAUCAUCUGUGCAAGAAAGCAUCAAGGCGAAACAAGAUAAUGAAAACAACCUUAAGUCCAACAAGUUUCGGGCGGGGAAAAUUGGCCAUUGCAUAGCAUGCCUUGUUGGAAAAUACCCUGUAGAGCUAGAAUGGUGAAUUUCCAGAAUACAGUUACCACUGAAUUAAAGUUGGAACUGACAAGAUGUAUCACACCCAAAGGUGUGCGUAAAUUGCUACCAAGGAAGUUAUCAAACCACUCAUUUUAGUUAAAUCUUUAUUUGGGAUACUGAGGACUGUUCAAGAACUUGAAAUAAAAUGCAAAAAUUAUGCAGUAUGAUAAACAUUAGUGCUGUAACUUGGGGUGGCAAAGUUUCUUGAUUCCUUAGCUGGCCUAAUCCUGCCAAGAAACUUGAUCACUUCUCAGGCUUUUAUUCACAGCCUUGGUUUAUUACAAAUGAUAUUCUGAAAGAAACUGUGAGCCAUUAAGUCAUUUCAAUUUUUUGAACAGGGUUCAACCAGGGCGGGCAGGGGGGAAAUGUGAAAUUUGGUUUUAUACACAGUGGUACCUCUGGUUGUGAAUGGGAUCCGCUCCGGAGGCCCGUUCACAGCAUGAGC